GGAAUCAAUGCAAAUGAUGUGAAGAAACUGGAAGAGGCUGGAUUCCAUACGGUAGAAGCCGUUGCUUAUGCGCCAAAGAAGGAACUUCUUAAUAUUAAAGGCAUUAGUGAGGCCAAAGCUGACAAAAUCCUAGCAGAGGCUGCUAAACUUGUUCCAAUGGGAUUUACUACAGCAACAGAAUUCCACCAGAGACGUUCUGAAAUUAUACAGAUUACAACAGGCUCCAAAGAGCUGGACAAGUUACUACAAGGGGGUAUUGAAACAGGGUCAAUUACUGAGAUGUUUGGAGAGUUCCGCACAGGAAAGACUCAGCUGUGCCACACGUUGGCAGUGACUUGUCAGCUCCCCAUUGACAGAGGUGGUGGCGAGGGGAAAGCCAUGUACAUAGACACAGAGGGCACUUUUCGACCGGAAAGGCUGCUUGCUGUUGCUGAAAGGUAUGGGUUGUCCGGCAGUGAUGUUCUUGACAAUGUGGCUUAUGCUCGGGCAUUUAACACAGACCACCAAACCCAGCUUUUAUACCAGGCGUCUGCCAUGAUGGCAGAAUCCAGGUAA